UCGCAGGUAUAUCUUAAGUCUUAAUUGAGCCUUCCCUCCUUCCAUUUCCUUGGACAGCAAGCGAGUUCACCUAAACCACAGCGACAAGCGAAGAAAGCUCCAAUUUUUUUCCGAUUGCUGAUCUCAUGAGAAAAUCCAUCAGGAUCCCACCUCAACCCCGAUCUUCCCCACCACCAUCCGCCGCCGCCGCCUCCGCCGCCGCCUCCAAGAUCCCGUUACGGCCCCGCAAGAUCCGGAAGCUCACAAGCCAACCGCUGGACCCCCCAAAACCGCCGCCGCCUUCCCCGCCGGUUAUUGCUCCCCAAAUCCCCAAACCCCUGUCCUCCGACGGCGAGAUCGAGCUCGCCCUCCGCCACCUCCGCCGCUCCGACCCUUUGCUCUCCGCCCUCAUCGACACCCUCCAGCCUCCCGCCUUCCCCUCCUCGGCCCGCCCUUUCCUCGCCCUCGCCAGAAGCAUCGUCUACCAGCAGCUAGCCACCAAGGCCGCCCAGACCAUCCACGCGCGCUUCCUCGCGCUCUUCGUCGACGGUGACGGCGGCGGCGGCGACGACGGCGUCUCGCCCGACUCGCUCCUCGCGCUCACGCCCCAGCAGUUGCGGCAGGCCGGGGUCUCCGGCCGCAAAGCCGGGUACCUCCGCGACCUCGCCGAGCAUUACAGGAGCGGGGCGCUGUCGGACGCAUCGAUUCUUGAAAUGGAAGAUGAGGCUCUCCUGAGCGCGUUGACAAGGGUCAAGGGAAUCGGGGUCUGGUCUGUUCACAUGUUCAUGAUGUUCUCGCUUCACAGGCCUGACGUUUUGCCCGUGGGUGAUCUUGGAGUGAGGAAGGGCUUGCAGGCAAUGCACGAGCUCAACGAGUUGCCUAAGCCAUUGGAGAUGGAGGAGCUCUGUGAGAAGUGGAGGCCUUAUAGGUCUGUUGGGUCCUGGUACAUGUGGAGGCUCAUGGAGUCUAAGGCCGCAGCCGCGAAGGCAAAGCCAGCUUCGACUUCAGCUUCGGUCGAGAGUCGGUGAAAUUGUUAACAUUGUUCAGCGUUGGUACGUCUCCGCAUUUGUUGCAGCUUUCUGCUUGCUUCUUGCUGUGGUAUGUUGUGCAUUUGCUUCAAUUGGCUCUGGUGUAUGUCUAAAUCAGAUACCUUUGGCAUGGUGGAUUCUUUAUCAGCCUUUUCGGUGGUCUUAAUCUAUGAAGCUGCGAAGAUGCAGAGUUUUACCUGAGAAAAGUUGAUAUCUUUGUCGCGUGGGUCCUUGGUUUUGAGAAGUUUAGAUGUUUCCUGAACUAGGAAUGUAUCAGAUAGUUGAUUUGGUUUCCCAGUAAUUAUAAGCAGGCAGGAGGGGUAAUCAAACUUAGCUCGGCUUCUUAUUAGUUUAGGAAUUGUUUCCAUAUUUGGAUGCUUCCUUGGAGAGAUGAACCAGGAUUGACCUUCCUCUUGUGCUAAGGGGAUUUAAUCAAUAUCCCAGAUCCAUUCUUCGGGUCAAACGCUUAAAAUUUAUGGCUUGUGUGUUUGGCUGAACUUCGAACCGACUCAUCUCAAUCCAUGCCCAGCUUACUGUCGAGGUGCGUGUGCUUAUGUUUGGUAUGCUAUCAAACUGAGUCGCUCGAUUUUCUUGCCUGGAAGACUUGUAUCUGAAUCACAACAUUGUCGCCAUUGGUUUAAUAUGUAACUAUCAUUGUGCA